ACACAUUUAUAUCUGUUUAAACGAAUAUUAAAUUACAAUUUAGUAGUUCAAAGUUUAACUUAGAUUUUGAUCAAAUAAUUUUUUUGGGUAAGAGUCCCAUCAUGCAUCUCGAUUAACGCCAUACUUGUUUUUGGAUUUUGAAAAUUAGGAAUUUCAAAAUGUGGAAACUAGAUUGGACGCGUUCAUCAUUAGUCGUCGCUAUAGAUUUUGGCUGAACACGCUAUUAUUAAACGUUUCGCAUGGAAUUAUUAUUAUAAAGCUGUUAUCAUAAAACGACUAUGUAGACAAUAACUGCAUAAGGAUGUGGAUAUAUCGGUCUAUAUGGAACCUCGUGUGUUGCUGUGUGUUUGAUUACGCCGUAUUCCUUUUAGUUGAUUUUGCAGCGAAGUUGUCGUUAAAUGCUGCGAGGUAUGUAUGGGACGAGUACGAACGCAGUUCCAUAUGGAUGUAUCAAUCGCUGCUGUUGCUGUCCAUCAGCCUUGCCAUCUACACGGUCGCCCAUACGCCGUACGUCCUCAUCGUACUCACGUGCGCCACAUUCCUGUCUUGCUGUGACCCGAAUUUUCACCGAAAGGCGCCAAAGUACAUCAGGCACGCGUGUCGUGUUACGCUGCUCACACUGACGUGGACGAUCGAUUCGUUUGGUGCCACUAGCAUUUGGCUGUACAACCUCGCCUGGCGUAAGGCACUCACGAAGCAGCAAGAGUUUGGGGAAGGACCAACAAACGAGUGUCGCCAGGGCGCGCGCGUGAACGAGGCGCGUGCGCAUGACGACGACGACGACGACGACGACAGCGAUGACGACAUAUACGACCCACCGCCUCACGCUCGUCAUUCAUUGACCGUGAACCUUUAUUCCAAUCCGUUUAGAAAUUCCACGCACCCGACAGGACUCUCCGCUCGACAAAGACAAGUUAAUCCGUGGCGGACGGACCGUGGUCGCGGCAACGAUGAGUCACAGUCUGCACGAGGGAACGCAUCAGCAGGCAGUCUGUACGAUGCUCGGCCAUCGGAGCGGCGUGAGUUCGCGCAGACCGAGGCGUACGGACGCGGGGAGGCCAUAAGCGCGCGCGGAGGCGUCACGCGAGCGAGGCCCCAGCCUCAGCUGCGCAGGCCCACCCUGCAGGAGUUUCGUGAGGCUGGGUCGAUGGGGAAUGCGGCGGUCGUGUGUACGCAGCAGAGCAGCGUAGGAAACGCGCGAACGAGCGACGCUUACGUGGCGUCGUGGAACAGAGGCGCCACCAUUUCGCCGGCGCCCCCUGCGGGCGACAGACCGUUUGAGAUCGUUGGCAGCAAGGUUCCUCCGUCUACUCAGAGGUUAAGGGACAGGGUGCUAUCAUUUCUCGGACGUGGUCAGAGACAAGACCGACCGCCGGGCAUGGUCAACGAUGGCCGUAACAUCUGCUUCGUCAACUCCAUCCUGCAGUGCCUGUGCCACACUCCGGAGCUCGCGGACGCCAUCUCCGCCGCCGCCGCCAUCGACGACGCCACCAUGCGACGGUCGCACGCCGAGCGACAACUCGUCAACUCGCUCGCGACUCUGAUCUGCGCGUCUCGACGGCAGGAGGUCUCGUGUCUCGACACGGCGGCGUUCUGUGAGGCGGGGUCUCGCAUGAACCCUGCGCUCAUCUCUCCGCGCUGCGCGGACCAGGUGCAGCAGGACGCGGCGGAGUUCGCAAUGUGGCUCAUCUACGCGCUGCACGCCGCGCUCAACCGCCGCGCCUCCCCCGCCGCGCCCGCGCCGCGCGGCAGCAGCUAUGAGUCACUGCAGGCGCACCGACGCUCCCCAUUAGCCAUCCUCAGGUUCAUCUACGGCGACCUGACGCCGCACGCCGUAGAGGGCCUGAAACACGAGUGCCAGCAGCAGAUAGAGCUGAGUCACGGGCUGGAGCCACGGCGGCUCGCCGAACCUCUCCAGCGGCUCUCCGACCUCGAGUGGAUGAGCUACAAGGAGCGAAACGAGUCGCCCGUCGACGACAUCUUCACGGGACAGUGCGUCGAGGCCCAGCACUGCCUCGCCUGUAACCGCGUCUCCGUGACGACGCAGACGUUCAGUCUGCUGCCGGUGCCGAUCGCACGUGGGGAGGACGCGGCGGUGGCGGCGCGCGCGCCCGUACGACUCGAGGACUGCUUCGAGAAAUACUCGAAGGUCGAGCAGCUGGAAGGCGGCAACGGACUCAUGUGUCCGCGCUGCUGCACCGCUGGCGCCCCCACGCGGCUUUCAUCGCCCGGGCUACGCACGGCAACGCCCGACAUCAUCACGCACAUGCGGCGUAUUGCCAGCGCCGACGCAGCGGCGUGGUCGCCGAUAGCGGCGACACCUGGCGACGUCGCGUCGUCGGACCCGGGCGCGACGUUUCGCACGUCGACUCCCGUGGAGGCGGCGGCGGCGGGCAGCUCGAGGCGGACGCAUGGACAGCGGGUGACGCUGCUGCGGCAGCUUCCCAAGUGUCUUGUCGUGCAGCUGCUGCGCUUCACGUACGACCAGUCGCUCGCAGUCUCACGCAAGAUACACGCGCCCGUCAGAGUCCCGCUCACGCUCGACCUCGCGCCCGUCAUCUUCGACAACCUGGUGUACGACGAUGGGUCGACGACGGACGCGUCGGGACACGUGUAUGUGUACGAGCUGUACGCGGUGUGCGUGCACGUCGGCACUGGCAACACCUUCACGGGUCACUACAUCGCCUACAGCCUCGCGGACGGUGUCUGGUACAGGACCGACGACGAGGCAGUGGUUGCCGUCAGCAUGGCAGACGAACUCGAGUCAAAGCUCGUGAGGGAGAACGCUUACCUUCUGUUCUACAGCAAGCGUCCGGUGCAGGUCUGCUCGGGAAGUCCCGCGCCGUCCGUGUGACUCGGUGGCGGCGGCGCGCGCGCGCGGUGACGUGCGUGGGGGUCGCACGUGCCAGCUCGUUGCUCUCCGACAUGCGUUACGAAUGCAGGUUUUACAUGCGCGUAGGCGUCGACGCUUGCCUGAGACGGGAAGGCCACUAGAAGUGUUGCUGCAGCACAGAGUGUUGUAAGCGUCGCGUGGGAGUCACCGGCAUGCGGCUCCCGCGUUGCUUUGUUCUUGGAGCCGAUGGUACGGGUACGACAAUGUCACGAUUGCCUGUCUACGAAUCUUGUGCUCCUCAUCUUCAGGAGAUUGCUCAUGCGACGGGAGACAAGCUGCUCAGAUAGACAAACGAUUUGCACGGUGUGUGUGGGGUCGUGUUUGUAACACAUGAGAGUAUCGAAAAAAAUUGCAUCUUUUGUCUUGCACCUCGCGAGAAGAGUUAAGGUGCGCUCGUUGUCAGUGCGAGUAUACUUAGCCAUCAUGCUGUAGGUUGCAUAGAAGUGUGUAUAGGCAGUGUGUGUUUGUCUAGGCAACACACUGGAUAAUAUUACGUACAUGGUCAUUCACAUUUUAAUGGUAUUCCCCCCCCCCACGCACGCGAAAUGCCUGUAUGCACAUACAUUGAUUACACACGCAAAAACUUAUGCAUGCUCGCACACCACACCCACGCACACAAACAUCCGUGCAAGCACGCACCCACACACAGACCUGUGCACUCACGCACCCACACACAAGUGAAACGCCUGCACGCACUUCUAUACGUAUGAACACUGCACUGUUAGCGAGAUUUGAAUUGUUUUCCGUGCGAUACGUAGCGCUUUGUGAUCGUGCGGCGGUGGAAUGUUUUGUAAAUAAGAUUUGUUUUAGAAUGUAGUCUAGUUCCCCCGGUUGACUAGCUACGUGUUGGGCACACAUAGGAUUGAUGAGAAAGGUUGUUGUUACUGUCUGAAACAUGAUUUUGGUUUUGUUUUCUGUAUGUUUACAGAUUACAGCUAUAAUAAAAUGCAAUCCUGCCCACGUAAAAUUA